CCUCAUUUUGGUCUACUAUUGGGCCCAUGAAUUGAUAAUGGGCCUAGUUUAACCUCUUCAUUGUUUUUUUUUUCCCCCCCACAGAAUAUCUGCCUUCUGGAGGACGAGUCUUUCUUUCCGAAGAGAUUUACGAUUGCACAUUCCGACGCAAAGAUGUCGUCUUUUUUGCAGACAUUUCUGGACCCAAAGAAGAACUGGUUCGCAGCUCAGCACAUGAAAACCCUAUCCAAACGCCUCCGCAUAUACGGGCUUCGAUACGACGAUCUAUACGAUCCGUACUACGAUCUUGAUGUGAAGGAGGCACUGAAUCGGCUGCCAAGGGAGAUAGUAGACGCGCGCAAUCAGCGUCUCAAGCGCGCCAUGGACCUCUCCAUGAAGCACGAGUUCCUCCAAGAGAACCUUCAGACAAUGCAAACGCCAUUCAGGAGCUACCUUCAAGAGAUGCUUGCCCUUGUGAAAAGAGAGAAGGCUGAACGUGAAGCUUUGGGAGCUUUACCUCUCUAUCAGCGUACCAUUCCCUGAGCAUCUUGGUUCCUCAUAGCAGUAUGGUUGACCAGAGUAGAAGUCUUUAUGAUAUCAUGUUGGUACUGGAGGUAAAUUCUUUUUGUAGUAGGAAUGGGUGAUGGUCUAUGUUCCUGCUUCGGAAUUGGAUUUCCAAAAUUUUGGUUAUUUGGAUGGCAUCAAUUGUUCAUUCUCAUGUACUGGCUCGCCUUUCAUCUCCAUAAUUGAGUAUAACACUGCUUAUUUUGUGUUGAUGAAAAUACAAUAAACCUGUUUCGAUUGUAAAAUGGGUGCCUUCUAUUUAUGCAAGGAUGUUGAUCCAGAACAUAGGGUUUCCAGUUUUGAUGUUCACCGUCUAUAGGCAUGUUAACAAGAGGGAAGAAAUGGCCGAUAAU